GGUUUUUCGUCUUAUUUAUCACUGUUCGAUAAUAAUUAAAUGAUAGGGUAAAGAAAAUUUUUACAAUUUUAAUAUAACUUUUAUACUGUAUGACCUAUUUGCUGCCUAAUGAAGACACUGAUCUCCGUUCGGAUUGUCACGGACGAACAUUAUACUUCCUUAAAUCUUUCUUUUGUUCAAGGGAAGUGGAACAUACUAAUUUUCAACUAUACCAAAUGGAACAAUUAUAUGGAAAGAAGAGGAUAAGAAAAUGUAAUAUUUUCAACUCUCAAUUAAUAUUUAUAUUAAUGGGAAGUUGAUUUUAUACAUAAGACAUCGAUUGAUAAUUGAUAACAAUUGUCUGAUAAGUAAUAGAUAGGAGAACUAUUCAAAUUUAUUUGUGAUAAGACGAACCUGACAUCAUCAAGCAGUUACAACUUAUGAUUAAAGCCGUUUUUUGCAAUCAUACCCUUUUUUGACUGAGACAGUCUAAUAGUGUGAAAAUAAAAACGCCCCUUAUGAGUAAAUAAUACAGAGAAUUUACUAUGAGAAGAUAAGAUAGAUAAAGCAUACGUAGGCACAAAAGAUGAUAGAGGGAAAAGAGAAUUUAUCACGCAUACAGCUAGUCAAUAAGGUAUAAUUUAUAAUUUAAAAACUAACCAAUUAAUUAAGUGUGUUCAUUGUCUAAAUUAAGAUACUGUUAAAAAUAUGUAAACUUUAUAGCAUUUGUCAAUUUAUCAGCAAAUAUGUACAAUCUAUUAAAUUUUAACUGGCUUAUAUGAUAUUUUCUUUCAUUCGUUUCAAAAAGAAGUAGAAGAAAAGAGCAUCCCUGCGAAAGAGAGGAUAUGUUUUAUCAAAUUCAAUUACAUCCAAUUUUUUUUCUUCUCUUAUUUAUAAUCAAUUAUGUACAUUGUAACAAUGUAAAUUUGGCUAUAGGCCUUCCUGUUGUAGCAUCAUCGAGAUUCAAUGACAGCUUUUUACCCGAAUUUGGAAAUGAUAAUCUAAAAACUAACACUACCACUAAUCCUCUGUAUGCAUUAACAGUGUUAGUUGGUGAAAGCCGAUACAAAGUUGGGAAAUUUCACUAUCAAUAGUCAACAAUAUUUGAUGGAUGAGAUAAACCAGGAAAUAUGCGUAAAGAGUACAAGUGACUUUAACAAAGAACAACAAACUUCAAGCUUUUAUUAUCGUUGUUAUGAGACAACAUGUACAGGUUCUUUUCUAACAAUAAUAUCCAAUGGUUGUGAGUUGGGAUUAUCGCAUUUUAAAGCUAUGGGUACUGUUGUGAAAUUAUUGGAUUAUCAAAUUAUAAAUUCAAUUGAGACAAAGUCGUUUAAUGGUACAAAGAAUGUCAAUGUAUUAUUCGAUAAUCUGUAUAGUACUUACCUCCAAGAAAAAUGGUUUAUCAGAUUGGAUUUUCAAAAUCCAAUUACAAUUAGGGCACUUUUCGUUGACGUUGUACAGACUGAAGAUGAAAUGGUUUUUGAAAAUUUCUACGUUUCUGUCAAUUGGAUUCCAGUUUCAGAAUUGAAUUCCAACCAGGAUUAUUGCGUCAAAAAAUAUACUGCUCCAAUUGUAGACGUUGGAUAUUUUACUUAUAUAUUCAAUUGUAUUCCAGCAAGGUCUGGAAAAUAUUUGUUUAUGGGAAAAGAUACUGAUUUCUUGGAAGAUAAUAUUACAAUAGCAAAUCUAAAGAUAUUUGGUAAAAUUCUAAAUGAUGAUAAUCAUGAAUACGAAUCGUUGAAAGAGAACAUAUCAUCAAUUUUAAGUAGCGGUGUAGGUUAUAAGAAUGGACUUACAGAUAAUUUCUAUUCAUUUCAACAAAAUCAUUUAUCUCUUUUAAAAAACCGAGAAUUUACAAUUUCACUCAAGUCCAUGUUACAAAUUGAUUAUAUUUGUUUAACGUUUUUUGUCAAGAAAACAAUUAUUCCUGGUAUAUUCUCCAUUCAACUCUCAUCUAAUACUAAUUUGACAAUGAAAAUUUUAAAUUCCGUCUUAGGACAAACAGCUUGUAAAUCACUAAAAACUAAUUCAAAAAUUAAUACAAUAAUUAUUAAAUUAAUAAAUACUAAAGCUAAAAUAACUGAAGUUGAUUUAUUCUAUAGUAGAAUAAGAUAUGAAUUGUUCGAUGGUUCUUCAAAGGAUUGUUUAAGACAAUAUGACAUAUUUGCGACCAUUUCAUUGGCAAAUACGUAUAAUAAAUUUGGAAUAAUAACAAAAGAUGACAAACUAGAUUUAUUAGAUAUUUUGAUGUUAGCAUACGCAGAUCAAAAUUUAUAUAAAGUUAGUAAUUUUAAUGGUCAAACGUUUAAAAAUGGUAGACAAAUAUAUUGGUUCAAAUGCUCGUUUACGUCUAAUAGAAUUCAAAUAUACUCUUUAAAAAACAAUCUAAAAGAUAUUAAAUUACAAACUUUAGCCAUAUUUUGACGUAAAAACCAGAUGUUGUUUAUUUUCCAUUUUUUAUUACUAAUACAUAGAAUGAAUCAUCGAAACAGUAGUUAUUACGAAAGUUUGCGCAACUCCAGGCAGUUGGUUAUAUCAUUAAGCAACUUCCUAAUCGUAUACUAUAUGAGAUUUUAAGCUUACUAUGCAAAAUUUUUACUUGGUGAAAUUGGCAACAAUUUUAAUAGUUUUGUUUUUCUUGUUUGUCACGUUGUCCCUUCCAAGGACUGUUAAAUUAGUUUAAUAAAAUCAAACUGUUCAGAGUUUGUCAGACAGCGAUAAAAGUUUAUACUAACAGUACAUCAGAUAUCAAUACUACAAUAUUUCUGCAAAUUUUAAAUUAAAAGAAAACAUGUUUUGCAAACAUAAACAGAUAGUAGUGCCA